AUGCUGGGAAGGCUGGAAGCCAACAUUAUAGCAGAGUCAGCACUAAUUGACAAAGCGAGUGGAAGAGUGUUUUGGGAGGGUGGCAGCAGCACGUUGUCGGGCAGCUUGAAUCCGAAACUGGGAAUCCCUGGCCUGGCCCACUUGAAAUCUACCAUAUUGACGACCUUUUUGCUGGUAGCAUUGUUGAGCUUUCUGGCACGAUGGAUUCGGUCAAAGUUGGAAACUCCAGGUACUCCGCUCUCAAAUCCACCUCAAGGUGGGCCACACAUCUACCAGACUGUUGGCCUCUGGCUGUUGCAAUGGACGCUCCUUCGGACACCCGAGUUCAGUACCCAAUUCGUCAUUUUGAUAGCGAUACUGUACCUUGUGGAGGCGUACACCUGCAGCACCAGAAGAUACCUCGCCAAUUCCAUCAGCAGUCCCAACGACGUGGAGGCAUACAUUGAACAACUUCGCAAAGAACCACCUGUAGUUACGUGGAAAGUGCGAUGUUUCCACUAUGAGAAACCGCUGCUGCUGUCUCCUCUUCGGUGUGCCCUGGCAGUCUGCAGUUUUCUCGUGGGAAGCAAAGCAAACACCUCCAAAUCAAGCACCGAUGACUUGCCCGUUCUCGAGAGAGAGCACGUUACAGGUCCAUUUCGGAGAAAAGUCAUCACCCACGAAGCCACUGAAAACUACACGUUUGACAGCUUUGUUGAUGCCACCAUUGCAGGGGUUUGGAAGAGACAAGAUUCCUUUGAAACAGAGGUAGCACCUUUCACGAAGAUCAUUCUCUCAAAAAUUCUGAUACUUGCCAACGAAGAUGCCAAAAAGGAUUAUUUCAAGCAACAAUCCGCCUUCGUCUCGUCUCAAGGUAUGCGCGACAGCUUGGCGGAGUACUCAACAACCAUUGAGGUGCCUUCCUUCAAGCGCCGACUGUUAGCUAUUCGUCCUGUGAAGGGCGUACCAUCGGCCAAACUGUUCCGACUGAACACAUUUUGGAUAUGCACAUUUUUGGGAUUGAGUCUUCCAUAUCGGAUAUGGUUCGCACGACGGUGCGAUGCACUGAGAGUGACUGUAGUAAAGGAGACUUAUUACGAAGAAGAGGCAAAAACAUCCACAUUUAGCACAUGGUUUACGUCUGGGAAACCGGAGGCUCCAGUUCGAUUGCCAGGUGCAAACAGAAAUGCAGAAGCCUUUCGGCAGCAAAUGGAGAAUAUGGCGCUCUAUGCGAGGAGCGGAGAAAAACAAGCUACGCUACCCGUAAUGAACACUUCCACGGUGCGUGCAGUGAACACAAACGGUACUCUCUCUUCUGAGAAAACUACGUCGAAGGCAGAGCAGGGAUCAUCUGUGGCCACCCCAUUAGCACAAGAAAAGAAUCAAGGCAACAAUAGGCGGGAAAACUGA